GGAUGUGUUCUAGUGUCUGUGUGUCGCCGCUCCUUCCUUCCUUCCGCCCCGUGCUGAGCUGCCUAACGAACUAACCCGACUGGCUGUGCUGAUUGCCUCCGUCCUUCAUUUGGCCAGCUUGGAUUAUUUCUGCCGGCUGACGCACUGCCCAGCUCAGCAAUGACAGUCAAAACUGAAGCUUCGGGAUCCACGCUCACCUAUUCAAAGAUGAGGGGCAUGGUGGCCAUACUCAUCGCUUUCAUGAAACAGAGGAGAAUGGGGCUGAAUGACUUCAUUCAAAAAAUCGCCACCAACUCCUAUGCAUGCAAGCACCCUGAAGUUCAAUCUAUUUUGAAAAUCUCCCAGCCUCAAGAGCCUGAACUUAUGAAUGCCAAUCCUUCACCUCCACCCAGUCCAUCACAGCAAAUCAAUCUUGGCCCUUCAUCUAACCCUCAUGCUAAACCAUCAGAUUUCCAUUUUCUAAAAGUUAUUGGAAAAGGCAGUUUUGGGAAGGUCCUUCUGGCAAGGCACAAGGCAGAAGAGCAAUUCUAUGCAGUGAAAGUACUCCAGAAGAAAGCAAUCCUGAAAAAGAAGGAGGAGAAGCACAUAAUGUCAGAACGCAACGUCUUACUAAAGAAUGUGAAGCACCCUUUCCUAGUAGGACUCCACUUUUCUUUCCAGACAGCUGACAAACUGUACUUUGUGCUAGACUACAUCAAUGGUGGUGAGUUGUUUUAUCAUCUCCAGAGGGAACGUUGCUUCCUAGAACCAAGAGCUCGUUUUUAUGCUGCUGAAAUAGCCAGUGCACUGGGUUACUUGCAUUCUCUAAAUAUUGUUUAUCGGGACUUGAAGCCAGAGAACAUUUUACUUGAUUCUCAGGGCCACAUAGUCCUGACCGACUUUGGCCUCUGCAAAGAGAACAUAGAGCACAAUGGGACAACUUCCACAUUUUGUGGCACGCCUGAGUACCUUGCCCCUGAAGUCCUUCACAAGCAACCCUAUGACCGAACUGUUGAUUGGUGGUGCCUUGGAGCAGUUUUGUUCGAGAUGCUUUAUGGACUGCCUCCAUUCUAUAGUAGAAACACUGCAGAAAUGUAUGACAACAUCUUGAACAAACCUCUGCAGCUGAAGCCAAAUAUCACCAACUCUGCUCGACACCUUUUGGAAGGUCUUUUGCAAAAGGACAGAACCAGGAGGCUGGGAGCCAAGGAAGAUUUUAUGGAGAUUAAGAAUCAUGUCUUCUUCUCCCCAAUUAACUGGGAUGAUCUCAUUAAUAAGAAGAUUACACCCCCUUUUAACCCCAAUGUGAGCGGCCCCAAUGACCUGCGACACUUUGACCCUGAGUUUACGGAGGAACCUGUCCCCAACUCCAUUGGCCAGUCGCCAGAUAGCAUACUCAUCACUGCCAGCGUUAAGGAGGCUGCGGAGGCUUUUCUGGGGUUCUCCUAUGCACCCCCCAUGGAUUCUUUCUUGUGAAUCUCUUAUGAUUUUUACUUUUUAAUUAUGACCCUUCUGUUGGCCUUCUGGUUAAGCUGCCAGUUGUCCACUCAUCUUGAAAGAGGAAAAUUUUGCACAUCUUCCCACUGUGGCAGCUUUGCAGCCUUAAUUUCAACAAUACUGUUUGCUGGAAGCUUUUUUGUUUUUGUUUUGUUUUCAUUAUUGUUGCUGUCGUUUGGAAGAGCACACCUAACUCCUUUAAAUAAACUUGCAAACAUUUCAGUUCCGGUUCUUCCCACUCACCAAAUUGGUGCUAUCUCUUCUGGAGGUUGAAGGAGGAAGGAAAAGCAACUGCUGCCAUAGACUGCCAGAGAUUGUAAGCAUAAGAACAACAUGCUGUGGUGUUGUUUUUUUUAAGAAAAUGUUCUGAAAAGCCUUGCUUGAAGUUCUUUCUGGAUGUGAUAAGGAUUUUACGAAAUGUGCCUUUUUUCUGAUGAGAUCUUGUGAGCUCCAACGCUUUUCCUUUCACAAGAGUGAUUCUUCAGUCGCAUGCGUGUAUGCGUGGGUUUGCUAUGUGGACAAUGGUAUGAGUGUGGUAUGCGCAAUUUGCUGAUGGACUUAGUUCAAAAGCGUCAAGUGUGACACUCGCAGGACACUACAAUGUGGGGCAUUGUUUGUUACCUUCCAUAUUUGGAAGAUGAUUAAUUAAUAAGUGUAGAUAAUGAUUUUUUUAAUGUAAAAACUAUACAGUUAAUAAUGAAAACUACCAAGAUGGGCUUUGACAAUGUAUCCAAGAUGCUUGAAGAAAGCAUUGCUGCUAUGGGAAAAUAUAUAAAUACUUCUAUUUUUAGAAAGGGUUUUAUGGACCAAAAUGCCAGAGCUGUUAUUUCAUUUUUUUCACUUGUCUGUAAAACUGGGCAUUAUUUAUGGUUUGUGGGGUUUUUAUGUUUGCAUUCCUGAUUGUAAGUAUUGUAAAAAGAGAAAGACCUGUACAGUUGGUUGCAAUGCUAGAUGUAUAUUUAAAAGGAAAAAAAGGCUUAUAAUGUAUAUCACCAUUGUAAUGUAAUUAACAUGGUUAUAAUAUGUACCAUUUUUGUGACCAAACCCAUUGGUUUGCAGUAAAAACUUGGACAAUAUUUCUAUAAAUGCUGUCUGUCCUUCCUCUAUAAAUGGAGGGGCUUCCCUGUUCCCUGCCUGUUACAUCUUGGCUUUCUUCCAUCACAGCAAUUAUUCUUGACCAUAACUCAGUGCCUGUUAGUUCAUAAUUAAGGAUCAUUAAAAAAA